AUUUAAUAAACAGCAACUCUAAUUAUAAAAGAAGACCGUUAAUUUCUGGUUAAAGUUUACAAAUUGUUCAUAAAUGAGAUAUUUCCCUAUGUUAAAUGUGUGUAAUUUGUUAGCUUGAGCUGGGACGAUGCUAACCUGCUAGCCGACUAUCAAAACAAAGCCUGCCAGAAAUACAUACAAAUAAUUAUAGGACCAGUUAUUAUCGAUAUUAAUAACAUAUCGAUAUUAAUAACAUAUCCAAAGCCACGUACAUAUUUAUUGCGUAUUUUAUUAUUUGCAUUUUUUAAACGUAUCUUUUCUAGCUGUUUAAUCUAGUUUGUCUAAUAAACCUGGCAUUGUUUAUUACGAUUUUUGUUGGUUCUUUGACGAAUUACUUUUUGUUCCUCUUUUAUGGACGGAGACAGCAGCACCACAGAUACCACUCAGUUAGGAAUAACUGGAGAGUAUAUGACAGGAGGGACAUAUGUCUUGCAGACCCAGGAUGAUGAUGGGGAUGAAAGUUUCAAUGACCAUGAGGAUGGCAACGGCAGUAAAGACCAUUUCCGAGAGCAGGACAUCUACCUUCCCAUCGCAAAUGUUGCCCGCAUCAUGAAGAAUGCCAUCCCACAGACUGGAAAGAUAGCAAAGGAUGCAAAAGAGUGUGUGCAGGAGUGUGUGAGCGAGUUCAUAAGCUUUAUCACAUCUGAGGCCAGCGAGCGAUGCCAUCAAGAGAAACGCAAGACCAUAAACGGAGAGGACAUCUUGUUUGCUAUGUCCACUCUGGGUUUUGACAUGUACGUGGAGCCGCUUAAACUCUACCUGCAGAAGUUCAGAGAGGCAAUGAAGGGUGAGAAAGGCAUCACUCCGGUUACAGUCAGCGAAGGCCUUGGAGAAGAGCUUACAGAUGACAGUUUCACUGGUCAGUUGCCUGCAGGACUGAUCACUGCUGAUGGCCAGCAACAGAAUGUGAUGGUAUAUACCACCUCAUACCAGCAGAUCCCUGGCGUUCAGCAGAUACAAUUCUCAUGACCGAAGACCGGCCCGACUUAUAUCUAGUAGCCUGUCCAGUGUCCAGACAGUCUUAUCUCUUGCCUUGCAAAGUUUUCAGGUCAGUGCUGGAAGACCAAGAGAUGCCUGGUUACCAGAGCAGGAACAAAAGUGCCUGUUGCCAGGAGGCUGAUUUGAUCUUAAGUGAUGUCUUGUAAUUCAUUCAGUAUUAUAUUUAGGCCAGUUUGUUUUGAAUGGUCUGCUUGGUACAGGCCGAACCAAAUUAUGACUUUUUUUUGGGGGGGGUGUUCCUUGUAUUUAAUCAUUUUUAAAGUUUGGGAUGGGGCAGUGGGAAGAUAGAAAGGCCAUAUUGACAAUUUACAUUCCCAGAAUCAAGGGAAUUUUCAUUUGAUUUGACGUUUGGUCUUAAUUAAUCUAUUGAACUGACAUUGUUAUGCUGAUUCUUU